UAGAGAUGCCAAGGGGGUUCCCUUUGGCUGGCAGAGGGGGCUAGACUAGUUGGUUUAUAGACUAGUUGCACCCCGCUUUCUAUACAGCAAAGGGUUGCUGCCAGGCUCUUGUGACAGCCUCCGCUCCCCAUGGAGACUGCGACCCCCACUCUGGUAGCUGGGGGUUGAACCCUUUUAUUUGCUCCCUUCAUCCCUUAUUUCUGCAGAGCAACAGAUUUCCCGGUCUUGCCUUAUCCUAACCAGUAAGAACUGGGAUCUUGCAGUGAUGACACCUGCCAAACAGUUGACUCUUGUAAUCUGACUCGUGCUGUAAUCUGAAGAGUCGUGGCCUCUGUGGAAGCUGCCAAGAACUCAGGUUGCGUCUUUUUGGCAAGUUAAAAUUUGUACUGGUUGGCUACAGGAACAUUGUGCCUGAUCUGAGGGAAACUAUGGAGUUUGCUGAGCUUAUCAAGACACCUCGAGCUGAUAACGUCAUACUUCACCGCCCUUUUUAUCCAUUAGUGGAAGGAACGCUCUGCUUGACCGGGCAUCACCUGAUUUUCUCUUCGCGGCGGCAGGACAACGUAGAAGAGCUUUGGCUUCUUCAUUCCAACAUUGAUUCUAUUGAAAAGCGGUUUCUUGGCUCCUUGGGCACCAUCAUUAUCAAAUGCAAAGACCUGCGGAUUAUUCAGCUUGACAUUCCUGGCAUGGAGGAGUCUCUGAACAUAGCUAGCUCCAUUGAGGCACUGUCCACUCUAGAUUCCAUCACCCUGAUGUAUCCUUUCUUUUACCGGCCCAUGUUUGAAGUCAUUGAAGACGGCUGGCACUCCUUCUUGCCUGAGCAAGAAUUUGAGCUUCUCAGUUCAGUAACAAAUGAAUGGAGGCUGAGUUACAUCAACAAAGACUUCUCUGUCUGUCCCUCUUACCCGCCAAUUGUCACUGUCCCUAAAUCAAUUGAUGAUGAAUCUCUUUGCAAAGUUGCCACAUUUCGCCAUGGUGGACGCUUCCCAGUACUCAGCUAUUACCACAAGAAAAAUGGGAUGGUGAUGAUGCGCAGUAGCCAGCCACUCACAGGCACCAACGGGAGGCGCUGCAAGGAAGACGAGAAGCUGAUCAACGCCACUCUUAGGGCCGGAAAGCGUGGCUACAUCAUCGACACCCGUUCUCUGAACAUUGCCCAGCAAGCCCGGGCCAAAGGUGGGGGCUUUGAGCAGGAGGCCCAUUAUCCACAAUGGAGGAGGAUUCACAAAUCUGUUGAGAGGUACCAUAUCCUUCAAGAAAGCCUCAUCAAGCUGGUGGAGGCCUGCAAUGACCAAUCACAUAAUAUGGACCGGUGGCUGAGUAAGUUGGAGGCAUCCAAUUGGCUGACACACAUCAAGGAGAUUCUGACCACUGCCUGCUUGGCUGCUCAGUGCAUUGACAGAGAAGGAGCAUCUGUCUUGGUCCAUGGGAGUGAAGGAACUGACUCAACACUACAGGUGACUUCUCUGGCUCAGAUUAUUUUAGAUCCAAGAUGCAGGACCAUACGUGGCUUUGAAGCUCUGGUUGAGAGGGAGUGGCUGCAGGCUGGUCACCCGUUUCAGCUGCGCUGUGCCCAGUCAGCCUACUCAAAUAGCAAGCAGAAAUGGGAGGCCCCCGUCUUCCUGCUCUUCUUGGACUGCGUCUGGCAAAUCCUUCGUCAAUUCCCUUGUUCCUUUGAGUUCAACUACCACUUCCUCCUCAUGCUCUUUGAACAUUCCUAUGCUUCCCAGUUUGGCACUUUCCUGGGCAACAACGAAAAUGAAAGGUGUAAGCUCAAGCUGCCCCAGAAGACGAUGUCCUUGUGGUCUUGGGUGAAUCGGCCUGAAGAACUCAACAGGUUCAAGAAUCCUCUCUUUGAGGCCAAUAGUCUGGUGAUCUGGCCCUCAGUUGCACCGCAGAGUCUGCAGCUCUGGGAAGGAGUCUUCCUCCGUUGGAACCGAUCCUCCAAAUUUCUAGAUGAAUCCUAUGAAGAAAUGAUCAAUAUCAUCAAAUAUAACAAGGAACUUCAAGUGAAAGUGAAUAUGCUGAGGAGGCAGCUGGCGGAGCUGGAGACAGAUGACAGCACACAGGAUGAUGGGAUGCCAGAGAGUCCCUGAUGAUGUGCUGGGCUCACAGCCAAGGUUUUCCCCGUUUGGCUGGGCGAGUUACCACUACAUUAAGCACUUGAUAGAAGACUUGCAUGCGCUCAAGGUCCUUUUUGAUGCAGUUGAUUUUGAACCCCUUUGCUUCUCAAUCCCUCUCUUGACACCAUAGUCAUUCACAUCCUAACAGUCUCAUUUCUUUGGUUUUUCUCAUAGGAGCAAAAGUGUCUUCACUGAAUUCCUCGCACUGUCCUUUGCUGGCAAAUUCUGCCACCGGUAAUAAACUGUGUAGUUCCAGGGUCGACUGUGGCUCAUAAAAAGCUGUUGACCCUCAUCAGUGUGAUGGCCAGUAUAGAAGUUCUUUAGCUUAGACAAGAAAGAGACUUUGGACUGAACUUGACAACAUUAGCCUUUUGCAAACCAUGCCAUUUUAGGGGGAAAUAUACCCAUUCUCUCCCCCUCCGCUGCAACCUACCUUUUCCCAGAUUCGAGGAUGUUUUUAGUUUGUCCCUGAAAACCAGAAAUGAAUAGCUGUUUCCUGAGCUGCCGGUUCAGCACUGUAAGAUGCAGCUAAGGAGUGUUGGGAGGGUCAUGAAAAUGAGAGGCUGCUGCUGCACUUGAAAAUAUUAUUACACGCUUGGCGUAGACUACAAUCUUAACAUCUGGUUUAGAGUUGAUUCAUAUAUCCCUAGGUCAGUACAUAUCGGAGUCCUCCCAGCUGCCACUUCAUACUGCAUUUUAAAUACUCCCCAUUAGGAGUGCAAGGGAAAUGGGGAAUCUUGCAUGUGGAAAGCUAGCAUAAAAAGCAGAAUCCUUUUUGAUGUUACGUAAGAUUUCCAGGGAAUUCCUGUUAAGGAAGACACGUUCAUUCAAAUGAUCCUGCAGAUAAGAUGCAGUACGAUCUUGGAAAGGCUGUAGCAGAUGCUUUUCCCCUGCAUAUUUGAAUUGACUCUUAGCUUUGUGCAUGGGGAAAGACAAGUGGAGGCAGCAUUGCUCAGGGAAUGAAUAAACCCAGCCAGCCUGACAAAGUUUGCUUCCUAUCAGAAACUGGUCUGAAAAUUAUUGUGCUGGCUGUGCAAUGUCCCAUCACUGCACUACUUCUGCUACUUGGUGUCAGGCUUCACCCCACAAGGGCAACACAAUCUCAAAACAUCAAUCACUGCAAAAUUAGAGUAUGUUUUAAUGGAUAAGUACUAAUUCCACUAUCUCUACUGCAGCUCAUUUUUAAAAGAUAGGUAUAGCCAAUAUAGUUUUAAAACCUACCCCCAGUAUUAGUGAGCUGUUCUAUAUCCAGAGUGGACAACUGGCAAUUUGGCCUGCUAAUGUCCCCAUUCUCUUUCACGCAGAAACACCCCACCUGAUUAAUAGGGCAAAGAAUCCCUCAAUUUACAUUACAGAAUGGCAUGUAGGGGUUCUUAAUUCUGCAUGAUUCCCAGUAAGACGUCUCCCUUGAGUCCUACGAUGAUGUUGAACUAGGCAAAGUAGGUUGGAGGUUGCUGCACGCUUUGGCUCAAUGAAUAUUAUCCUGUGGCAUAAAGGCAUGGAGCUUGCAAAAUGUCUCAAUGUGCACAGAACUGUCAGUCUUGGUAUAUGGAAGUGUAAGCAAAGAAGCGCAAGUUUCUGGACAGUACCACCCAGAAGGGUACAGGAGGAAUGGCGUCUUCCUACCCUGUCACCUUACUUCAAAAUGGGUUUCUGUUUAAGUGCCGAAUCUUGAAGAACUUUGUGUACAAUAUUUAAAAGACAGCUGUGGGUCACCUUUGAAGGUUGGCUGUUGAGAUUCAUAAAUCUUGAUUGCACUGUUUAGAAUUAGCUAAUUAUAUUGGUGCUUUUUAUUUUUUGUUGGGUUUUGUUCAAAGGGAUUUGUAAAUACUUUAUUUAUAUUUUUCACAAGUUAUUUGCAUGGUUUAGAAAUUGCAUUAUUAGUGUGUGGGGGGGACGUCACUAAUUGUAGCAUCAGUCCUGUUAGUAGAGUGGCGCUUAAUGUGGGCUUCAUCAAAGCCAGGGGUCCUUGAGACGUAGUAGUUUGGGACUGCACAAACCCCUUUUUGAGCACCAUUGCACACUACUAAUAACUCUGAGAAUUAGUCUUCUGGCUGUAUGAGGAAUUCUUUGAUGAAGACUUCAGAGAACUACAUUUCCAGGAAUGUUAGUUAGGAGCCAUAAUGGUUAAACCUAUAGGAUAAACCUGUCAUAAGUGGCAUCGUUAGCCUCCCUUUUUCCUCAUUGUUAACAUUCUCCUUUGUGGUUGGGCAACCAAAUUUUGCCAUUUCUUCUGAAAGUAAAAAUUAUUUGUACGUACUACCCAAAAAAGCAAAGUCACUUCUGAAACUUGUUGCAAUAGAUAUGAGAUUACACUACCCCUUAUUUUUUAAAAUUCUUAAGCUGCAGUCUCUUUCUGGAGGAUCUCUUUUGACACAAGUUAUAAACUUGUGGAGUUGAAUACUAUGCAGAAAAAUGGAGAAGCCCUUUCGGUGCAAGCAAAUGAGACCCGCUGUUAAUUUCUUGUUCAGCUUCUCUGAUAACAAAUCUCCCCCCAGGAUCUGCACAUCAGAGGAAACUGGAUAACCUGCUGUGUUUGACAGAAGUCACGUCCUUGUCAUGUAGCCAGUAUGUCUCACCAGGUUUUUAUUUUGUAUGUUCACGUUGUAUGUUCCUCCUCCAAAGCGUGUUUGAACCAGCUUUCCCUUAGCCCCAGCUUUAAAACAGGUUUGCUAGCCUAGUUUUCAGUGAACAUUUAUGGAGCUAAUUUCCUGAUUGGGCUGAUUAAUAUGCCUCUAGCAUAUGAUCUGAAUAUUUUAUUCCACAAUAAGAGAUUGUGGCCAGUUGCUUAUUUUUCAAAAUACCUUGGUUUUUAAAAGAAUGUGAUGUAGGAUAUUAAUACUUGUCCACCAGUGAUACUUAAUAGAAAUCCUUGUUAUGUUUUAUCCCAAACGGUAUUGCCAAGGAUGUAUCUAUUGUAUACCUAGCCAGUGCCAGGGGUCAUCUUGGUCAAGCAAAUGCCAGGGGGGUUCAUAGUUGGUGGGAAGCCUGCUGAGCUGAAUGACUCAAAGCACCUUGUGCCUGGUCCCCUGAAAGAUCAGAGGAGGGGACAGCAUCUCAUCCUACACUUGGACAGAGACUAAGUGAAUAUGGGAAUGGACAGUGGGGAAUGCAAAUUGAGGUGGACGGUGGACAUAUUGAAGAACUCUGCUGGCUCGCAGGUUCUGCCCAUCCAUCACUGGUUGAAGAGACCCACAGAUAAUUUUUGCCCAAGGAGACAGAUUCCUAAGCUGUUUGUGUUGGUUCCUCAGAAUUCCCCGAGUUCAUAUGACCUUAAAAAAGAAACGACUUAUAAAAGUAAUCUCCAUCCUACCCACUAGAGAUCUGUAGAUAUGUCGGUCUGAACAUCAUCCAGGAGAAAUUUCAGCGGUCCUGUUAUUUGCAUCUCUAACUGGUAGCACUGGCAUCUAAAUUAUUUUAUGAUUAGCUGUGUUUGAUCAUCUUGAGAAGAAUGUAAAAAGCCAUGGCUGCCAAGCCAAAGGAAGAACUGUUGUAAUAGAUCUUAUACUUCUGCUUUGAACCUAAAUGUAUUUUGAUUGUACUCCCAGCUUAUACCCUACACACUUCACAGUGCCUUGUGCUGUGGUUCAGACACCUGUUACAACUUGGAUAUUGUGGCCCUACAUUCUAGACAAGAUACAAGACACUUCCCCCACCCUCCUUAAAUAUAUGUUAAUUGGCAAAAGAUAACAUGAGCAUUGCAAAAGGAGUCUAGUAUCCUUUGGGGGUGAACUGAUUGUAUUUGGGAUCGAAUGUUUUUUUAAUGUGGCAAUCUGUUUUUGAGUGCACUAUUGUCUGUAUCUACAUCUUCAGUGUUUAACUUGCACAUUGGUGUCUUUAUUGCUUUAUUAAGCCUUGCAAACAAAAGAACUUUUCAGUAAAGUAGGAAAAUGUCAGUCUGUAAGCAGAUCUGUGUGCAGUUGAGUAGCGCCAUCUGUAACAUCCCACAGGCCAUGGUAACCAUUACCUAUUAGAAGCUAAGUGGUAACUAUAUCUUGGUUCCAAAUCUGGGCCUGCUGCUACUUCAGUUUUAAUUUUUAAAUGAUCCAAGCUGGCAGCACCAGGGAGAAAUGUGUGCUACCCUGCUGGAGCACGUUUGCUUUUUUUUAUGGAUUUGCAGUCCUGAAUAUUGCUACACAGUCCUUAUUGAAAAGAGGUUAAUAAAGAAAUACA